AUGGAGAUAGUCAAGACGCUCAUCAACCCCCAAAACAGUUCCAUAUUUGAUGAGGAUCGACAAAUACCGGAGAGCCGAAUAUGGAUAAGAGAAAUUGAUACGUUUUAUGCAGCAUUUCUUGUGUUGGCUUCACUGUUUACGAUAGUUAUAAUAUUUCUGACGGUAGUUCAGCUCUACUAUGUCAUAAAAUACGUCAGCAAUGCGCGGAUACAAUCAGAUCUCUACUAUUUGGCUCUUAUGUUUCCCGUGACGACUAUCUGUAAUGUUGCUGGAAUGUUCAUCCCAAGGGCUGCCAUAUUCCUCUAUGCAGUCGCACUUGUAUACUUCAUGUUUUGCCUUUUCGUCGUUGUGUCCCUUCUUUUCAAUAUAUUCGGCAGCAGAAAAGAGAUGUCAGAGUACUUGUUGGAAAGAAAUAUCCGGAUUUCCUUCUUGGUGCCUCCAUUGUGUUGCUGCCGGUUCCUGCCAGACGUUCCCAGCACUGAGCAAAACCUGCAGCGUGUUGAAUGGCUCGUUUUUCAAACGCCAAUUCUGCGCACAGCUUUUGAACUGACUAGUGUUGUCGUAUUCAUGGAACUUGGACAUCGUCAUAAUUUGUGGUUCAUGUUCUCGCAACUUUUUGGCCUGGUCUCAAUGUGUGUGGCUUUCUACGGUUGCUACAUGAUGGUUCCCUUAGGAAAGGAGAAGGUUGCACCCUAUCGUUUUAUGCAGCUUUUCACUAUAGUGGACAUAGCUCAAUGUCUGUAUACUAUCCAAAAAUUUAGUUUCGACUUCGCCGCAGUUUUUGGGAUUAUCUCGCCGGAUCGUUUGUUGACAGCAGCUGCAAAAGCGCAGUUUUGGUCAUCUUUCAUGUUGACAUGGGAGAUGAUGACGCUGUCAGCUAUUGCCAGUUAUCUUCUACGACCCUCGCAGUCAAUAUUCUUUGAUAAGUACCCGAUUGUCGACUCAACAUCUUCGCAUACAGGCAGUAACCAGACUAUUAAUAGCUUCAUUAGUCCUCCCGCUCGUGUUGAACCGAAACCAAAAUCCAUAUUCGAUUCGAUAGACGACGAUACUAUUCAGACAAACUCUGGUUCGAAACCGGAUGCCGCCUACUUACGCUCAAAGGCAGCGUGCCGCGAAACUGACGCUGUUGAGUUCUCUGUAGCCGAAUAUGGAGCUCAGAAUUUGGAUCACAAUGGUUCUCAUUUCACUUCAUUUGGUCACGGUAAUAGGCGGUACUUGGGAAGUGUAUCUAGAGCUGAAUGUUGCAUGGAGAUAGUGAAAACACUCAUAAUUUCCUAUAAUACAACAAUUGACGACUAUCCAAAAUUACCUGAAUCACGGAUAUGGAUGCAAGAAAUUGACUCGCUCUAUUCUGCUCUUCUCGCGCUGGCCUCAAUGUUUACGAUAUUUACAAUUCUUUUGGCAAUCUCUCAACUCUACCACGUCGUGAAAUACGUCAGUGACCCUAGAAUUCAGGCUGAUUUGUACUAUUUGGUACUGAUGUUCCCGAUAGCAGCUAUAUGCAAUGCUUCCGGAAUGUUUAUACCACGAGCAGCUUUAUUUCUUUAUGCUGUCGGUCUCGUUUUUAGAUAUUUGUCGUUGUGUCUCUUCGCAGCAGCAUCCCUGUUAUUCGACAUUUUCGGAGGCCGGAAACAGAUGUCCGAAUAUUUGUUGAAGAGGAAUAUCUGGAUUUCGUUUCGCAUUCUUCCGCUAUGCUGUUUAACGUUCAUACCUGCUGUAAAAAGCACAGAAAGGAAUCUCCGACGCGUUGAGUGGCUCGUUUUUCAAACCCCCAUUCUUCGAACAAUAUUCGAAGUGAAUAGCGUUGCUGUGUUUAUGGAACUUGGACACAGACAUAAUUUAUGGUUUAUGUUUUCGCAGCUAUUCGGUUUAAUUUCCCUUUGUGUUGCAUUUUACGGAUGUUAUGUGAUGGUGCCACUCGCAAAAAAGAAAAUUGCCCCCUAUCGUUUUAAUGAUCUUUUUUAUAUUGUCGACAUUGCUCAGUGUUGCUAUACUAUCCAGAAGUUUUGCUUUGAUUUUGGAGCUACAUUUGGGAUGUUCUCUCCGAAUCAUUUAUUUACACCGCCAGCCAAGGCUCAAUUUUGGGCUUCGUUUAUGAUCACAUUCGAGAUGAUGAUGUUAUCUGCAGUCGCCACAUAUGUUAUGCAACCGGCUAAAUCGGCGUUCUUUGAUAAAUAUCCGACAUUAAUUACCGAAGGACAUGGUUCAUCGGUCACCUUUGUGUCGACAGCCAACUGCAUUGAACAAGAAAUUAAGACAAUCAGUGAAUUGAGUGGAGGUAGUUCUGCGAAAACGGAGGAUUCAGAAGCAAGCUAA